AUGGGCAGUGCCCGGGACGGGGUUUGGGUGGUGGUGGGCCUCGUCUUCAGCGCCUGCACCUGCUACUGCAUUGACUUAACCAAUGGUUCAUGUGAUGAUGUACUAAAUGCUAAACAACUUCAGAAACUCUUUUACCUGCUUGAGUCAACUGAGGACCCUGUAAUUACUGAAAGAGCUUUGGUCACUUUGGGUAACAAUGCAAGCUUUUCAGCUAACCAAGCUAUUAUUUGUGGAUUGGGUCGUAUUCCAAUUGUUGGAAGCAAAGUCAACAGUCCCAACCACAAUAUUAAAGAGAAACCUUUAAAUGUACUAAAUAACUUGACUGUGAAUGUUGAAAAUCAAAUCGUGGUAAAGGUACUCAUCAGUCAAGUCUGUGAGGAUGUCUUCUCUGGUCUUCUGAGCUCCGCUGUGCAGCUGGCUGGACUGAGAUUAUUAACGAACAUGGCUGUUACCAAUGACCACCAGCACUUGCUUCAUAGUUACAUUACAGACCUGUUCCAUGUGUUACUCACUGGAAACGGAAGCACCAAGGUUCAAGUUUUGAAACUUCUUUUGAAUUUGUCUGAAAAUCCACCCAUGACAGAAGGACUACUUGGUGCCCACGUGGAUUCAUCAUUCCUUUCCCUAUAUGAUGGCCAUAUAGCAAAGGAGAUCUUCUUUGUGUACUUAUUUCAGAAUAUAAAUAACUGCAUCAAAACGGAAGGCCAUUUAGCUUUUCAGUCUACUUUCACUAGUUCAUUGCUUUUCCUGUUGUAUGGAGAAGAAUGUGCCCAGAAAAUAAGAGCUUUAGUUUCUCACCAUGAUGCUGAUGUGAAAGAAAAGUUCACGGCAAUAAUACCAAAAUUCUGA